UUUUAGUUAUUUUUCCCAACGCAGCCGGCAGUCCACAGGUGCGAGAGUGCGAGAGAGUGAGAGAGUGAGUGCGCUCCUACCUGGCACUUUCCGGCACUGAGAAAAGGAAGCCAGGAUGACGGGGCGGAGCAGCAAGGACGGCACCGGCUCUUGGCAGGGCUUCGACGAGGGCCUCGAGGAGUACAAGGAGAACAUGCUCAAGGACGAGUGGUUUUCCAAGUGCGCGAAGGACAACCCCGACGCCGAGAAGCACCUCCGCCGCCGCGCCAAGCGCCAGCAGAAGAAGAAGCUGCAGGAGAAGGACCGCGAGGCGCUCAUGAAGAGCAUCCCGGGCAUGGCGUCCAUCCUGCCGGCGCGCUCCGGCCAGGCGCCCCCCGUGGGCGCCGAGCUGGACGCGCCGCUCACCAAGACGCAGAAGAGGAGGAGGAGGAAGAAGAAGGCCAAGGCGGAGAAGGCCAAGGCGGAGGCCGCCGAGGGGGCCGCCGAGGGGGCCGCCCCCGCCGAGGGCAAGGCCGCCAAGCCAGAGGCGCCCAAGCCUGCUGAAGCCAAGAAGGCAGCCCCUGCCAAGCCUGAGGCUGCUAAGCCCGAGGCACCAAAGCCUGCAGAGGCCAAGAAGGCAGCCCCUGCGAAGCCUGAGGCUGCUAAGCCAGCUGAAGCCAAGAAGGCAGCCCCUGCAAAGCCUGAGGCUGCUAAGCCCGAGGCGCCAAAGCCUGCUGAUGUCAAGAAGGCAGCCCCUGCCAAGCCUGAGGCGCCUAAGCCUGCAGAAGCCAAGCCAGCUGAGGCCAAACCUGCUGAAGUCAAGCAGGCAGCUCCUGCUAAACCCGAGGUAGCAAAGCCUGCAGAAGCCAAGCCUGAGGCACCAAAGCCUGCUGAAGCCAAGCCAGCUGAGGCCAAACAGGCAGCUCCUGCUAAGCCCGAGGCACCAAAGCCUCCUGCUGAGGCCAAGCCUGAGGCACCUAAGCCUGCUGAGGCCAAGCCUGAGGCACCUAAGCCUGCCAAGCCUGAGCGCCUGCUGAAGCCAAGCCUGAGCCGGGAAAAGAAGCCUUCAGAGUCGGAGAAGCCUCCGAGGGAGAAGAAGGUGUCCGAAUCCGAGAAGGCCAAGAGGGAGAAGAAGCCCUCGGAGUCGGAGAAACAGAAGCGAGAGAAGAAGCCCUCGGAGUCCGAGAAGCCUCCUCGGGAGAAGAAGCCCUCGGAGUCCGAGAAGCCCAAGAGGGAGAAGAAGCCCUCAGAGUCCGAGAAGUCCAAGAAGGAGAAGAGGCUUUCCGAGUCCGACAAGUCCGCCAAGCCCCCGGCGGAGGCCCCGUCAAAGCCAGACGCCCCCAAGCCACCAGUAGCCCCCGCCAAGCCUGCAGAAGCGCCUGCUAAACCAGAAGCCGCUGCUAAGCCAGCAGAGGCUCCCGCUAAGCCUGACGAAACUCCUGCUAAGCCUGUAGUAGCCCCCGCCAAGCCCACAGAGGCCCCUGCCAAGCCAGGAGCGCCUGCGAAGCCAGCCGAGGCCCCAGCCGAGGCCCCAGCAAAGCCAGCCGAGGCCCCAGCCAAACCAGAAGCCCCAGCCAAACCAGCCGAGGCCCCAGAAAAGCCAGCCGAAGCCCCAGCUAAACCUGCGGAAGCCCCUGCGAAGCCCACAGAAGCCCCGAAGACUCCCGAAGCGAAGCCAGCCGAAGUCAAGCCGGAGCCCCCACAGAAGCCAGCCGAGCCCCCCAAGGCCCCCGAGGCGAAGCAGCAAGCCCCUGCGAAGCCUGCAGAGCCCCAGGCCCCGCCCAAGGCCCAGCCCGACGCCCCCGCGAAGCCCGCUGAAGCCAAGCCGCCCGGACCCCUGCUGCCCCUGCAGCCGCCCCCGCCCCUGCCCCUGCCCUGCCCCCGCCCCUGCCCUUGCCGCCGCCCCCGCUCCCGCCCCAGCUCCCGCCCCUGCUGCCCCUGCCCCUACCGCCGCCGCCCCCGCCCCGCCCCAGCGGCCCCUGCCGCUCCUGCCGCCGCCCCCCGCCCCCGCCCCUGCCCCUGCCGCCAAGCCGGCCGAGCCCCGCCCUGGACCCCGCCCUCGGCCCGGCCACGGCCAAACAAGCCCUCCACGUCGCCGCGCUUCGCCUCCACCUUCGUGCCGCCGCUGGGGCCCGCCCUCGCCUCCACGCUGCCGCCCGCGCCCGUCGAGUCGCCGCAGAAGGAGCCGUCCUCGCCCACCCUCAUGAACCUGCGCGUCAAGGUGGCCCCGCCCGCGCCCGCGCCCGCAGCGCCCGCGGCCGCCCCCGCGCCGCCCGCCCCCAGGCGCCGCCGCCCAUGA